CAACGUCGAAACCGGAAAUGGGGUAGGUUGGAUGUUGCUCGAAAUGCUGUCUCGUUUGCGCACGCCGUGCUUGCGCAUCUGCUUCACGCGGUUGUCCCGAGGCACGAAUUGCAGUGUAGCGGAGAAACGAAGAGGCAGCAGGCAAGGUUACACCUACCGGCAAUGGCAAGACCGCAGGCGUCGAAUACAGACGGCGAGCUCCAACGAAACUCCCGGGACUACCGCGUCCACACUUUGCACUCACAGCUACAGAAGAUGUUGCCUUACGUCCUUCCGUCGUUGUUGGCUGCGUACAACACGCAAGAUGAUGAACGACGGGGAACCGCAACGUCGAGAGAGGGUCACUGCAACGUGGAACGCCUUGCAGCGUGCGCGUUUUUCGAGGCCCAGCACCAAACGCACCAGUACCUUCAAAAACUGCAGAAAGGCGCUCCGGAAAAAUCGGUCGCAGGAGAUGAUGGAAGCAUCCAGAAAGAAGGUCAAGCUGCUACUGCAAGCUACUCUAGUGGCUGCUCUCUGGUUGCACCGGGACGAGCAUGGGCACCUGCAAACCUACUGCGAGACAACGCGGAUUUUCUAAUCAACUUUUUGCAAAUCCAGCUGCGUCGCCAAAAAGAUCUGAAUGAGUGUCCAGUGCCAGCAUCCGAAAAGAAAGGCUCAGAACCAAUACUCCAGGACCAAACAGACACCUCGACAACAAGAAACAGCACGAGGAGUGCCUUGUUGCAAAGGCCGAGAGACAAGAAUUCCGAUAGUGCCCGGGCGCCUGCAUCAUGCCCCGUCUAUUUGACGUCGGGCGGGAGAAAAUUUCGCCAAUCAUGCUGGACUCGUGCGCGAAGGUUCACAGAACCUUUGUGCCGCGCCAUGCUCAACGCGGCGGUGCAGCAAUAUCUGUGCAGUGAGAUAUCUAAUAAUGUCGCUGAUCAUGGAUUGCAGCCAACAUCCGCAGGCUGUAGUUCUGGUGCUGCAAGUGCACCGCUUCCUCGCACCCGUUGUGGUCCAGCCAGACAACUCGAAACAGGUCUCUGCUCGUUGUCCUCCUCAGCACAGAUGAACAUCGAUUUUUCGUGGACCACUCUACUAAAAGUGGACAGAAGGAACGCAGGUGCGCUUCUUCUUCCCUCCGAAGCGCGAAGAGUGAUCACGAGCGUUGUGGUUCAGUUGCUUGACUACGACAUUGGCAUACACGACGCCAACGGGGAUUACCCGACCUGGUGUGUGGCUCUCGUGCGAGAUGCGCUGGCCGUCCUCACGAUGGGGGUCCGACUCAAGAGGAAGCAGGCGGAGUCAUUUUUCCGCCAGAACAGCGCGGAAUGUGAGAAGCUGCACAGGAUUAUUGAGACGGGGGGAGACACGACGCAUUUUCAAGGGUUUUGGGUCUCAGAUUUAUGGACCAAGCAACUAAACGAAGACGGCCCACCGGACGACGACGAGCUCGACCCCCUGCAGGGCUUUGACGACUGGUGCAGUGCAGUGUUGCAGCGCGAAGAAAAAGCCAGCCCAAAUAAGGACGUGAACGUGAAACCGCAAGCAGAAGGCGUCACUACUAGCCAUGCAGCUACACAGCAUACGAGCACCGCAGCCGAAUCAAAAGGAAAGCAAGACGAAACACAAGCAAGACCUGAUCUCUCAAGAGAGUUGCUAACUACACCGACUGCAACAGCCGGCUCAAUACCAGUGUCCUACAGCUACGAGCGUGAGGCCGCAGCGCAGGUGCUUCUUUUGUUUCGCCAUUUUCUGGAACACCCGGAGCUCGCGGUUCUGGCGUUUGACUGUAUCGGUAUGGCGGUCGAGAUCCUCUCGACGAACACAAAAGUUCUUCUGCCGCUGCUGCACAAAUUGUGGCCCUGCGUUUUGCACUGCUUCGCCCAGAAGGGCGCGUUGUUUGCGAAAGCCUGUGAACUCGUUGCCAUUAUGGUCCGGGCAAGUGGCGACUUCCUGGCGCGCCGGGUCCGGGAGAGAGUGUGGCCGGAGCUGUUUCGCUGGAUGUUCGUCCUAAAGUUUCCGAGAUUCGUUGAAUUCUGCAACCGAGAGACGGUGACUCUGGAAAGCGGAAAUAACCUUUCGAACGGCCGCAGAACUUGUUCCAGCAGUAGGCACACAACCUUGAAGGACCUCGAAACAAUCGCGUGUAAUUCGGUGGCAGAAGAGUUCCUUCAAAGCAGCGAAUCCUGUUGGAUCAGUCCUGGUGAUGGCCCACUUAUAGAGGUUGUUGAGACUGAAAGCCAUAAUCCUCGACCUCCGUCCGCAGAGGUGGCCUGCGGUAAGAACAGAGCCCGGGCGCUGGAAAGAACGCGGCCGAUUAAAUUGUUCUCGCAGGCAAGCACUCGGACUCUUACGACAGCACGACCUGGCGAAAAGGAAACUACAGCUGAACACGGCGUAAGAGCUCCUGCGGCCAGAAUUGCGCAGUUGUGCGAUUUAGACGCGAAGACGUUGGGAAUUUUUACCAGAGCCGAGGUACACAGCCACCGCUGCGCGCUCGAGCUCCUUGACUGUCUGAUAGGAGAAAGCCCAACGGAAGAUCCAGAUUUGUUUGUACCCGGAGACGAACUGCGAAUCGUCACCGCCCUGUACACUCGUGCGCACGAGUUCGCGGACCUUGCAACAGAAAUACGGUCCUUGACGGCGACAAAGCUUGCAGCAGAAGUAGCCGAACCGAUCCAACAAGAAGCGAGCUCUGCGGAAACCCAGCACCAGAGAGAGGUCGCAACAGACUUCGAGGAAAAUGAAGAUGAAGAUGGAAGAACGCUACCUGCAGCACUACCCUGAUUGCAAUUUCCGCACUGCACAAACGAGGACUCGAGAAAGAUUGAGUCGCAACACUUUCUUCUAUAUCGUGGCUACACUGUAACGAUCCAAAUUCGAAUCUUCAUUCAGCGCCAUUUUUAAGUUUACCUUUCUCCCAAAGUAGAUUCCAUCCCUUAAUCUUCAAUGCGGCAAAUCUUUCGUGCAC